GUUUCCUAUUUUUUGUGCGCGUGUUUAGCUCUUCUUUAGAUCACGAACGUUUACCUGAGCAACAACUACGCUACAGGAAACUGCAUAAUUUCUUUAGCAUGAAGCAAAAGGGGACAUGCCUCAUACCCCCCCGGUGGAAAUGCUAGCUCGCAUGGCAGGUUACCCACCAGACAUUACUCCACUCAACCAUAGUACUCCAUGAUUACUACAACUUCUUUUGGCCAUGAUGUUAUCAAGGUCACUUUUGUACAGACUCCCUCAAACAUCUACCUCAGAGCAGUUCUCUGGUCCUCUUAUGAAAGUCUUAUGGAAAAUCAUGAUUGUUUCAGGAGUAUUGAUUUAUGGAUCUCAUGCCAUAUUAAUCAACUUGUGUAAAAAUGAAAAUGGGAAAAUUCCAUUCAGUUCUGCAUCUGUGGUCUUGUUGAGUGAAGUUAUAAAGUUUGUCUUCUCUGUUGCCUUCCUGAUUCCAGAGAUGUUGUGUGGUGUAGUUCACUUUCCACCAAUAAAAACCCUUUUGUUGUUUUCCAUCCCUGCUUUUCUCUACUGCAUGAGUAACAACACAGCAGUGCAUGUCCAAGAGUAUCUUGAUCCAGCAAGCUUUCAGGUCCUGUGUAAUUUUAAGAUAGGGAUAACAGGCAUUCUGUACUGGCUUGUCAUCAGAAGGAGUAUUUCAGAGAAGCAAUGGAUUGCACUUGGACUGAUAACUUUAGCUGGAUGUUUUAACAGUUAUGGUGGACUGAAAAAUACUCAAGAUAUAAUACAAGUGCGUAAUAAUGCUACUAACAGGGGAAGGCAGAUUUAUGUCACUAUUACUGGAAUCCUUUUGAUGAUAUUUUACUGCACAAUGUCAGGACUGGCUGGAAUUUCAACAGAAUACAUAUUGAAGAGGCAGUAUAAGCUUUCCCUUCACUUGCAAAACACUUUGAUGUAUUCGUAUGGAAUUAUUUUCAACCUUUGGGCUUACACUUCAACAAAUCACUCAGUGGGAACCAUCCAUGACACAUCUACAGGAUUUUUUCAUGGCUAUUCAAAGUGGACUGUGGUGAUCGUUUUCUGCCAGGCCAUGAAUGGACUAAUUUUAUCAGCGGUUAUGAAACACUCCAGUAACCUGAUCCGCUUGCUCAUUAUAGCUUGUGCAAUGAGUGUGAACACAGCCCUGUCCAUGGCGAUAUUCUCACUACAGCUUAACCUCUACUUCAAUGUUGCUUUCAUUUUGGUCAUUGUGGCUUUGAAACUCUAUCACAGCUGAGGUGAGGGAGUAAAAAUUAUCACCAGUGAAAAACAGUUCUUUCCUUGCGUGUGGUUCUUAAGCUACUAACCUGGUAAACUUACCAGGAUAAAGAACAGAGCUUAUGUAUCCGAGAAAAUCGCUUAGUCUGAACUACACAACAAUUUCUGGUGAUUCAUUUAAUGUAUUAUGAUGUAUUAUAAAUUAUUAAAAACUAGAUCAUUGGAUAAUGCAA